UGUGUUUUUCCUUCGUAAAAAAAAUAUACUAACAAAAAAAUCAAAUGUUAUCGUAUUGUAUUUUAUAUUGGAUCGCUUUUAUUACUCUGAAGUAAAUUACCAUAAAUUCGAAAGAUAUCGCAAGAUGUAAUUUAUAAGCGGCACUUUUAGUAACGCAGCAUUUCUCUAUUCAAGUUUUUUGUUUCCCCUUGUUAUGUCCCCUCUGCUAAGGUCUAUUAAAAAUUCAACGACACGUCAUUGUCGCUGGUUAUAAAGUGCGUAACAAAACAUUACAGAGUUGGGGAAACUUGUAUAACAAGUUUGAUGAACUCGCGUACAUCGUAUCACAUAUCUCCCUUUUUUAACACUAGUUUUAUAUCUCUUUUAUGAUCAAUUCUUAUAUCCGUAAAGUUUUUUUUUUACUGAAAUUGCUGUGAGAUACAAAAAAAGAACUGGGAAUAAUAUCUUGUAAUAUUUAAUGCACCUUUCUACGUUACAACCACCUGUUACAUUCACAUUACCAGCAUGAGUGAUGAUCAUCCUGCGCAACGGAGUUGCAAUAAUCGCAUUAGUGUUCGACAUGAACGUUAUUAAGCAUUCGGGUUACAAAGAUUUUGUGUGGGCAGUGGAAAUAAAUCGAAUUGGUUUGGAACUGAUUGGUUUAUGGCCUAAUGAGACAAUUAAGAAUACCUUCGUUUCCGAUCUCCGUAUGGGAAUGAUUUUCUUUAUAGUAACUUUUCUAUCUAUUAUUCCUCUUUUAUGCUCCCUUAUACGAGUUUGGGGUAACAUGAUACUUGUGGUAGACAAUCUUCAAGUUACUUUACCUUUACUAGUGGUUUCGCUAAAAAUUAUCAUCAUGCGAUGGAAUCGUACAGCGAUCGCACUCUUCGUAAAGAUGAUGGCGGAAGAUUGGAUGGAAUUAAAGAUAGACGCAGAAAGGAAAAUUAUGAUAAGACGAGCGCAAACUGCGCGAUUAGUCGUAAUUUGUGGAUAUAUUUUAAUGAUAUUUGUAUUUAUCGUGCUCAUCAUUCUACCCUCUUUUGGCCUACAUUUCAGAUAUGUAACAAAUGAAACGGAUCAAAAAAGACUGUUACCAUUUCAGUCAUAUUAUUUUUAUGACACAGAUAAGAGCCCGCAAUUUGAGUUUGCGCUUGUGAUUCAAGCUACAACAAUGUUUCUAGGCGCAAUAACUUAUACUUCAGUAGACGCUUUUCUUGGACUCGUGAUCCUUCACAUCUGCGGCCAAUUAGAGAACUUUAAACAUCGAUUGGUCAAUCUAACAUCAUGCAAAGAUUUUGAUAGCGCAUUGCGCAAUAACGUACGGACUCAUCAACGCAUAAUAAGAUUUGCCAAUAAUAUUGAAGACACAUUCACCUUAAUGAUGUUGGGAUUAGUAUUUUAUUUUGGUAUUGUAUUUUGUCUAUUCGGCUUUCUGUUGGUUACUGUAAUUGCUGGGGACGAGAUAGGUCGUAUGUCUCUUACACGAGUAUGCUUUUUGAUGAUUGGAAUCUUUACUCUAGUGGCGCAUACGUUUCUUUACUGUGGUGCAGGGGAAAUUAUAGCAAAGCAAAGUGAAGCAGUAUAUCGUGCUAUGUGCAAUCUCAAGUGGUAUAAAUUGGAACCAAGAAAAGAGAAAAAUCUCAUUUUAUUAAUGAUGCGUGCUAACGAACCUUUUUACAUUACUGCCGGAAAGAUAUUUCCACUAACAAUGACCACAUUUUGCAGCGUAAGACUAAUAAUUUAUCUUCUAAAUAUUUUGCUAAUAAGAAAUUUAUGCAUUUUUCAAUUAAUACUCAUCAAUAAGCUCUUCCAUGAAUAGUUAAUGAUAUAUUCUAAAACAUCAUAUUUAAUACUUUUUAAAAUAAAUUUUUUUUAAUUUUAUCUUAAUUUUCACUUUGUAACAUUACUAAUAAAGUAAUAUUUUUCAGCUAUUAAAAACAUCAGCUGGGUACAUUUCAUUUUUAUUAGCAUCGCACCAGAUUGAAUCAUGAGAAAUGCGCUGUAUUACCUACUCAGAAGUAAAAUGAUAAAUAAGAAAAUAUAUUUUGAAUUAAAUAAUUACACAUUUAUAUUAAUAAUUACGUUAAUGAUAUCUUCUUAGAAUAGAGUUUGUUAUUUAUUGUAAAUAUGUCAUAAUAUAUUAUGAAUAUAUUGAUAUAAUGUUAAAUAA